AUGGCUUUGGCGCAAUCCGUUCGCGAAACGCGGAAAUUUCAUUCCGCUUUUGCGCUUCCUGCGCGCUCGCUUUCCGCUGGUGGUUUCCUGGCCUCUGGGCAGAGGAAGGUUCCAGGGAAGCCCGCUAGAGCGCCGCUAGCACGCGCGGCAGCAGGCGCUGACGGCUUGUUUGACGGCCAGCGGUUUGUGCUGACGCUAGAAGUGACGGAAGGCAAACAGGCUCAGGCGGCGGACGUCCUAGCUUCGGGCAGGUUCCGAGCCACAGUGCUGCCGGACCUGCCUGCUCCGGCCGGCUUCAGAGAUUUCUUGCAGUUGCCCCUCUCUCUUCUUCCCCUCCUCUCCUCCUCCUCCUCCUCUCUUCCUCCUACCUCCUCCUUUUCCCCUCCUACUACCGCCUCUCCCAAUUUUCCUGCCUCCUUUCCCAAUUCUCCUGCUUGCGAUGGGAGUGCUCUAGAUGCCUCAACUCUCAGUCCUGCGAUUUCAGCUGUAACCAGUCCUGAUAACCAGCUAUAUGCUGGUAACCAGGCUGGUACAGGCAAUACAGCGGGCAGCCAGGCCAUUCUGAAGGAUCCUGACAGCUCUGUUGCGGCUCAGGCGAUUGCCCAGGUGCUGACGGUGGCGGCUCAGGUGAAAACAGCAGAGGCGGUGAGGCAGCAGAUGGUGGAGAAGGCGGUUCAGGUGGCAGGGGGCAGGGAGGGCAGCACUCCAGGUGCUCUGCUGCUGCUGUCAGGAGCCCACCCCAUGCGCUCCUGGCCGCUGGUGAAUCGUCUCAUGCCCACCAACUCACUCCACAUGCUGCGAGACGCACACAGGCUCCGUUCCGCAGGCCGAAUCCCGCGCUGUGUUCAGUUGUGGGCCGUGGAGAAUCCUAUCACUGGCUCAAUUAACCGGCUGGAGCAGAAGUUGGAGGCGGGAGCAGAGGCCAUCAUACUGCAGCCGCCGGUGGUGCCAGAAGCUUUUCAGCAAUGGUGGUGUGCGGCUGAACAGAGAGGCCUCACCACUGCAGUCCCCAUGGUGAUAGGAGUGCCGCUCAUCACCUCGGCGCGCAACCUCGCCUUCUGGAUGCUUCUCACCGAUACCAAGGGGGCUCGAGCCGACGCUGAGAUAGCCAGGUUCCGGCAGGCAGAGGAGGCUUUUGAGUCGACGCAAAGGAGAGCUGGCAGUGGAAUCGCGGCAGGGAUGGGCGAGGUGGACGUGGAUGAGUUCCGGGCGUUCCGCCAGCGCUGGACGGAGAAUUACCUCUCCCUGGCGAAGCAGCUCCCAGGGACGGGCGAGGUGGACGUGGAUGAGUUCCGGGCGUUCCGCCAGCGCUGGACGGAGAAUUACCUCUCCCUGGCGAAGCAGCUCCCAGGUAUGGAGGUGUGGAGAAAAAGGGGUUGCACACAGCAGGUGGCAGGGACGGGCGAGGUGGACGUGGAUGAGUUCCGGGCGUUCCGCCUGCACUGGACAGAGCAGUACCUCACACUUGCCAAGAAGCUGAAAGGUGGGGCGUCUGCUGUAUGGCUGUCAAAGUGGCCUGAAAUCACCAUGUCCCGGCAGGCAGAGGAGCAGGUGGCAGGGAUGGGCGAUGUGGAUGUGGGUCAGUUCAGGGUCAUUCACUCACCCCCGUUUCCACUCACCCCCGUUUCCACUCACCCCCGUUUCCACUCACCCCCGUUUCCACUCACCCCCGUUUCCACUCACCCCCGUUUCCACUCACCCCCGUUUCCACUCACCCCCGUUUCCACUCACCCCCGUUUCCUCUCCACUCACUCACACGCCCCUUCACUCGGUUCUUUUUCCGAGGUGCUUGCAGGGGCUUCAGGGAUGCAUUUCAUGCCUAUCAACCCCCGUGGCUGGAAGGACCUGCGUAGACUAAUCGCCACUUCAAAUGUAUUCUCCAGUCUCUGA